AUGUCGUUUCACGGCGUUUCCAGGGAGGCCGUGAUGGGCUCUGCCACACUAGGACUGGUCUUUAUAACGGGUUAUUACAUCGGUAAAAGCAGAAGCAGACGGUACAGCAUGAACACCUUUAAGAGCCACGUUGGAUUAAAGAAUGAGCCUAUAAUGCAGUACCUCCUCAACCACUCCAUGAGGGAGCACCCAGCUCUGAAGAAGCUCCGCCUCAAAACUCUGGAGCACAAGUGGAACUGCAUGAUGGUGGCGUGUGAACAGUCUCAGCUGAUGGCAAACCUGGCGAGGCUCAUAACAGCCAAGAAGGCCAUUGAGAUCGGUGUGUAUACUGGCUAUAACACUCUGAGCAUUGCCCUGGCGCUGCCCGAGGAGGGUAAAGUGGUGGCGUGUGACGUCAGUGAGGAGUACACCAACAUCGGCAGGCCUUUCUGGAAAGAGGCUGGAGUUGAACAUAAAAUAGACCUGCGUCUGCAGCCAGCGCUGGAAACUCUGGACGAGCUGCUGGCGGCGGGGGAGGCGGAGACGUUCGACUUCGUGUUUAUCGAUGCUGAUAAGGAGAACUACGACAACUACUACGAGAAAUCUCUCCAGCUGCUGAGGAAGGGAGGUAUCAUCGCCAUCGACAACGUGCUGUGGGGCGGGCGGGUCAUGAACCCUGCGGAAGACGACCUGGAGACCCAGGCCAUCGACAAGCUCAACAAGAAGCUGCACACAGACGUCCGGGUGACCCUGAGCAUGCUGACUGUGGGAGACGGGCUAACGCUGGCAUUCAAACUGUAGAGCUGGCGCUGCUGCAGCUUUGGCCCAGUGCCAAUGUAAAAGCCCUGCAGCAGGUGCAGCCGUGCGCCAACCUUAGUUAAACACGGAUACAGUGAUAGUGUUUAACUCUGUGGAACUAAAUCCAUUUCAGCUCGUAAAGCUCACGAAGAAUCCCGUAUGUCCCAUAUCGCUGCUGUCAGAACAAAACCUUGUAUCUCCAUUUUUGCCGUUUCUCAGUUUUGGACAUAAUUUGAAAAAGUC